AUGUCGCGGAACAGCAAGCCACCGACGGUCCUCAGUUCGUUCUUGGAUCGCUCUGGGUGCAUCGGCAAGGGUCAAGUUAGCGGCUUUGUGAACUUCAUGCGGUCGGAUCUUGACCUCGCGACCAAGACAGAGUGCAUGGAAGCCAUACGCCUGACAGAGGGGAAGGCCAACCGCCUACUGCGGUUUGUGAAGAGUGGCGGCGUCACCAAGAUAGUCAUGUGGCUGGAGCGGGCGCUUCGGGAGCCGAGCUCAACGGUGAACCUCUUCAUCGAUCACUCGCUGAAGUCGCUUCGAGUCUUGCCGCUGAGGGUCAUGGAGAAGAGCGCUGCCCAGUGCCUCGUCGAUUUGAUCCGGAAGCUUCGGCAGCGGCUCCAGGAGCCCGCUCCACGGCCGCCCACGACGGCCCCCCGCACCCCGCCAAAACGCCAGCGCCGCCGGGUGAAGUCGACCGAUGCCCCUGUCGCUGCGCAGAGCAAGGUCACUACGCCUGAGCCGACCCAGGCCCCUCGAACUCCGCCCCUGCAGGCCACCGGGUUCGUCGCCUCCGCCAAGCUGAUCGCAGCUCCUUCUACGCCGCCUCUGCCGGAUUUCAUCCAACCAGAGGUGGCGUCUGCGGCGGUGCCCACCGAGGCUGGCACGCCAUUCCAGGCAGCUGCUGGUUUCGCCCCCAAACCGAGUGCAGCACCUUCUACGCCGCCCCUGCCGGAUCCAGUCCAUCCCGAGGUGGUAUCUGCGGCGGUACCCAGAGUAGUGAGCACACCAUCGCAGGCUGGCAAGCCGAGCGCAGCCCCUUCUACACCUCCUUUCAUGCGUCCGGCCGGACCCACGGUGGCGAUCGCAGCGUCUGCUGCGGUGGCGAGGACACCAUUCCAGGCCGCCAGACCGAAUGCAGCCCCUUCUACGCCGCCUUUGCUGGAUUCAGUCCAUCCCCAGGCAACUGCUGGUUUCGCCCCCAAACCGAGUGCAGCGCCUUCUACGCCGCCCCUGCCGGAUCCAGUCGAGGUGGCGCCUGCAGUGGUACGUGCAGCGGCGGGCACUCAACCUCAGGUCGUAGCCCCGAGAGUCCCCGAUGCAGAGCCUUUCGACUACCUGAAGGCUUGGCAGGCUCUGCACGCCGCCCCUUCCACGCCGCCUCUGCUGGAUUCAAUCCCUAUCGAGGUCGUUCCCCCGAGAUUCCCCGAUCCAGAGCUGAUGCCGAAGGCACGCCCGGUGACCGUGCCGCCCAAGGCCAAGGCUGAGGCUCCCACGAGUGCUCCGAAGCCUCAACUCACAGCAGCGGUUUCACUGCUGACAGCUCGGCCAAAGGUCUUGCCGUCUCCGCCCCCUGAAACUCCAGCGCAAACAGCAGCCGGCGUGCCGCCGGUCAGGGCUGAGCGCAAGAGCGCGUUGAAGCGGAAGGCGCCGAAGAGCUCAGAGCCGCCAGCGCCGGCAGCAGCGGCAGCAGCGGCAGAGGAGCCGCUAGGCGGUGGCGAUGCUUCUUUGAAGGACGAGCCCCUGCAAGAGAAGCUGCACCAGGUGAAGAGACGCCCAUCCGCUCUUUUGCAAUCCACACCGAAGCCCAAGCCCGUCCCGUCCAAACCACAAGAGGCCUUUGAACACCAGGGAGCGGAGGCGGAGGGAGCGGACCUCGAGCCCAAAGACAUACUCGAAGAAGAGGCACUCGGAUUCGCGCAAGGAGUGGAGCUGGAACAGCUGGAACAGGCAUCUCUACAAAAAAGCCCGACGCCGGAGACGGCUGAAGGGGAAGGCUUCCGCUUCGAGCAGGAACGGGAGGAGAAGGAUGCGCCAGACGAACAACAGGAGGAAUGGUGGUGGUGGCAGCAACAGCAAAGCUUCGCCGAGGCUGUUGCACCCGUCCCUGAGCGUGAGAUGGAAGCGCCGGCAGAAGAAACAGAUGAGCAGACCGAGGAGGCCAUGAACACCGAUCAAGAGAUGGCAUUGCAGGAAACAGAGCCUGCUGAGUCUGAGAUUUCAGAGAGCCUGGAUGCCCUGGAGGCACAGAUCUCAGCGGAAGAAGACAGGGUCCAAGCGCUCCAGCGGCAGUUGCUGGCAGAGAGUGAUAGCGACACGGAGCCGGAGACGGACACGGAGGCGGCGGAGGCAGGGGCCGCAGGGGCCGCAGGGGCCGCGGUGGAGCGGCCUUUGAAGAAGCUGAAGCAGAGCCUUCCGAAGGAAGUCCCGAAGCUGAGGAAGGAUUUGCGGCAGUUGAUAGAACGUUAUGGAAGUUCCCAACACCUCCUCACGAGCCCUUCCACUCCGCCUUUGGAAGAGACAUCGGAGCUUGGCGCUCCUCGCACUCCUCCGCUGCAAGAGAGCCCAGAGUCUGUGGCACAUCUGGCACCUCUUCUCGCAAACCUUCUCACCUCCUCCAUGCCACAGUCUCAGCCGCCUCCUGAGGCCCCACCGGAUCCACAGGAGCCACCGGACCCUAAGGUUUGGGCCGCUGCAGAUCCCCGCGUCGUCCCAGUGUCACUUCAUGAGAGCAGCUCGGGUCCCCAUGAGUGGACAGCUGCUGCAAACAGCAGCCGGCAUGCUUCAACGCUGGAGGAACUUGUAGGUCAGCCCGCCUCCGUUGCGAGUCCCGCCACAGCGGAGACGGUGAAGACAGAAGACAGCAGCCUGAACAGCGCGUUGAUUCGGGCCGUCUUGGAUGCGGUUCCGGAGCUACAGGGUGCGAUUCCACAAAAUCCCCACGAGCCAACCAUUGCAGCGGCAGCAUCUACAAUGUGGGCCUCUGCGAUGGAGGCGUACACAGAGAGCGUUCUCAUGAGCUCGAGAGCGACGUCUCUUGCAGAGAGCAUAUUGCUGAGCAGCGAUAUGGACAGGCUCGGAUUUGCAUCCUGGGCUUCGGUUGUUCGAGGCACAUCCGCUCUUUGGUCGCCGAGCGAGGAUGCGCUUGGCUACACGAGAAUUGCCACAUUCGCCAGCCAAUGCGAUGGCUCGUGUUGUCGAGUGACAACGAAGCUUCGACUGCCAAUGUCCGGUCAACCACGGAAGCAAGUUCAUGCCGACCACUACAACAUUCGUGUCAGCUACAGCAACAAUGUAGCCGACCACUUGCCAUCUGUCGCCAUGGAUCCGCAGCUGCAAGAUUACCGUGCUCUGCAGCAAGCACGCUUUGAGGAAGCCAAGGCAGAGCUGCAGCGCAGGACGCAGGAUAGCGGACCGUUGAGACCUUCCACAUGUGCGGAGGCCUUGGCCCGCCAGUUGCGCGCCAGGCACAGCGAUCUGCCCUGCGAUCGCCAGCUGCAAGCCGCGGUCUUGCGGUGGUCUCUGCUGUCUCAGCUUGGCUCCGAGGAAUGGGGCGCUCCAGCUGCCAACGAGGGACAAGGUGGAGGCACGUGGCUUGAGUUUCUGCAGGUGAUGCCAUGUUUGGGAGGUAUGGGCCGGCCCCUGCCCGCCCACGCUCCACCGGAGCUGCCAAGCCUGAGUCCGCUGCUGCAGUGUGAUGAGGCUAUUGAGGCUCUCCUCCUCUCCGGGGGCACUCGAGACUUGCGGCGCGCCGUGCGGAUGCUGUGUAGGCUGCUGGCCUCAGAUCCAACACUUCUUUCUGGUGGUUGGCCGCUGCAACUUGCCGUCGCAGCAGCGCUCUGUGAUGCGGAGGGCGAGACCGACCAGAACUUCCACAGAGAAGGAAUAGACAUGGAGCAACGAUACCAGAAUUUUCGGCGCGAUGUGGCGACCAAGAAGCUCUUCUCGGAGUUCCAGAAACUACGAGCUUGGCACUUCCGGUACAUCCUUGGCAGCUGGCACUCUGAUGCCGACUUAGCAUGGUCGCGUGAUCAUGUCGAGCGUCAGUAUCAGCAGCCCGAUGCGAUUGGGAGAUCUGCCCGAAUGGUCAAGUACAAGCCCUACAACGACAAAGGCGUAAGCGUUCAAGACGGCCUACGAUUCUACGAUGGGCAGAUUGCCACGAUGCCUGUCAUCCUGGAGUACGGAGGUGUUUGCGGGGCAGUCUCCAAAUUCGGUGCCAGUUGCUGCCAGGCUUUCGGGGUGCCUGCGAUGCCAGUGGCCCAACCGGGCCACUGUGCCCUGAUUUGGCGGGGUCCAUUCGGAAGGUGGGAGCUGGAAAACGAUUGUGGAGGGUGGAACCAAUCGUUCAUGCAUGACCGCAUACAGCGCACCUGGCAGGCAGAGCUUGGCGAGCUCGCCCGAGAAGCUGGCGUCAUUCCAGUCUUCGAGCGAGCGCUGCAUGAUUGGGAGGGCUUCCGCCGCAGCCAGGCCCUGCAGCUGGCAUCCCAGCUCCUGGCCCCCGAGCUCGGGAGGGAAGCCUUCGAGCUUCGAGCCGAGGCAGUAGCGCAGUGCCCCUGGGAUUUGAGCGCUUGGGCAGCCUGGCUCAAGACGCGGCCGUUCCCUCUGGCAGCGCUGCAGAGCCGCACAGAGGCUGCCGAAGCAGCUGCAGCUUGGCCAGGUGGCACGCGAAACCUGUCGCGUUCCCGACCUGUCCGGGCAAGUGUGGACGAAGACCGUGCGCGCUUCGUGGUCGACGGAACCGACUCGGAGUGGUUUCCGGCUGACGCUUCGGAGCCUCAGUGGUUGGAAAUUGACUUGGAGCAGGCCAGCGUGGUCCACGAGGUUCGGGUGAAGUGGUGGGGAGACUAUGGCUCUCGAAACACGCUGCGAAUCCUGUCGUUGCUUCAAGACGAGGGCCUCGAGGGCACAGAUGAUGCAGGUGUUUUUGUGGAGCGGGGACGCAGACAGCACAAUGCCGACUUCAACGGCUGGACAGAGUUGCCUGGUUGGGAAGAUCCCACCAGAAUCUUGCGCUUCGAGGUGGGCAACCCCUGCCCUGACUGCUUUGGACUGAAGAAAAGCUACGGUAUACGAAGAAUUGAAAUCAUAGGCUGCCGGAUGACGGAAGGUAGCCCAACCCUGGAAGCUCUUCUCCACCGGUUGGCCGAAGCGUCCUUCCCAGAGUUGGAGGAGUUGCCCCACCAGCAAGCACUCCGCCUGGUGCAGAGGAUGAUCAAAUCCAGUGGUCUGUGA